CAAUCGAAUCAUGCCGAAGGGGAGCGAUGAUACACCUGUUCUUACGCAGGUUUCAGUUUUGUCUCUUGCAUUAACAGCUGUAUUUGCCACUGGAGCAUUUAUUUUUGCCCAGAGUGUAGGAAAAGCUCUAUCAAGAGUUAACAAAUUAGUAACUGCUUGGCUUUUUUUUGAUGCGCUGAUUCACUUUACCUUGGAAGGACCCUUUAUAUUCUGGUCACUGGUUUCAACCAUAGAAAAAUCAACUCAUGUGACUGCACAAGUUUGGAAGGAGUAUGCCCUCGCUGACAAGAGAUGGGGUGUGUCAGAUCCAACCAUUGUAUCAUUAGAAAUUCUGACAGUCUUUAUCACUGGACCUCUGGCGGUCUUCUUAAUCUUUGCCAUAUUAAAGAACAAGGUUUACCGACACUUCAUACAGAUUGUUCUCUGCGUAUGUGAACUUUACGGAGGAUGGAUGACAUUUUGUCCAGAGUGGUUGACAGGAAGUCAAAAUUUGAAGACAGACAAUUUCUUGUAUAUGUGGGUGUACCUGGUCUUCUUUAAUGGAAUUUGGGUCCUAAUUCCCAUUCUGCUUCUUUGUCAGUCAUGGAUGGAAAUGACAGGGACAGGGCAGGUCAAGCAGACAAAAGUUGUGGAAAGUGUAACCACUACCUCCGACACUCGUAAAUACAACACCCGCUCUCAUAAUAAGAAGAGGGAGUAAAAGGGUCAUUGACUUCAUGUUUAUUAAGAAUUUUCAGUGCAUGUGGAGUUUGACAAUAGAUUAGAUGUUCUAUA